AUGGACUAUAAUACGAAAGUGCCAAUCCCUCGACUAAAGCGCCAGUCCGGGACGGAGCUGCAGGACAAAGGGUUCCUAGAGCCGAAAAACCCCACCGUCAAGGGAGGAGCUGGCGUGCUCCGAGAGUAUAUGAAAGGCCAAAGAACAACCAAUGCUGAAGAGUUCGGCGCCCGUACAAGGGUAUACGAGCUCCCACCAAUACGUAUCUCAGCGCGCAAGAAGAAGAUAGAUACGAAUGUCUUUGUUCGGCGAGAUCGCGGCAACGCCGCUUACAAUGUGUGGCGGAAGGACGGACCUCGCUAUGAGGAUAGAAAGUUCAACAUCCUAAAAUUCCCUGUACAAAGCGACAAGAACAAUUGGGAUUACGGCCAGGGCAAGACUGCCGCGGAUCUAGACGAUUAUGGAAAGGAAAUGCUGAGAAUCGCUCAGUGGCCAUAUUGUCCGGAUGUGAAGACAAAGGCGCCGUUCCUCUGGAACAAUGAAGUGAAGGCAGGAAGGCCGAUGGUUCCACUUUCUUCAUCCUUAGCAGAGGUAUUCACCACCCCAGAACUGUUUAUCAUGGUCCUGGAAAAUCUCGUGGGAGCAUGGGAAGACGUGAGCAACCUCAGCCGGACAUGUCGGCAGAUUUUCCAAAUCAUUGGCAGCUACUUCGCACGUAUCGACCAAAGGGAAAGUGAGUACCGCAGCCUCUGCUUCUACCCGCCAGGCUGCCUCAGCCCCUUGGAUUCCGUCAAGGUAGAUGCGGAGACGCUAUCAACAUUAAGAUCUGGCCCUUUCCUCUUGGUUGGGAACGUCAGGAACAGCUGGCGAAAAGGCCACGAACCCGAGGCAGGCGUCGACUACACUAAUGAGAACGGAGUCUGGGAGUACCCAGAUCAUGUCAAGUACAAGGGUCCUGGGGCCAAGAAAGCCAUGCAAGGCUUCCUUGAAUUCCACAACAAGCGCCGCACGGACUCAAACGUCGACCAUCUGGAGUUCGACUUCUAUCCGAGAUACUACCAGGGUCCCCGUAAAGUCCUGGCAAGGCUUUCCGGCUAUGGCUAG